UAUGAGACAGUGUGUAGUAGUUCUUGCUCGUAGGUCUCUGCUGAGGUUGGUGUAAAUUUCAUAUAAUAAUAAUAAUAUUAAUAAAUAAUAAAUAUGGCGAAGACGUGCAGCGAAAAGGUGUCGAUGAUCACAUGCACGGCGCCGGUAAACAUUGCUGUCAUUAAGUACUGGGGUAAACGUGAUGAAGAGCUCAUUCUGCCCAUUAACUCCUCACUCAGUGUAACUCUGCAUCAGGACCAGCUUAAAACGACCACCACAGUUGCGUGCAGCAGAAACUUUCAGGAAGACCGCAUCUGGCUGAACGGGAAAGAAGAAGACAUCAACCAGCCGAGAUUACAGUCAUGUCUUUGUGAGAUCCGAAGGUUAGCACGGAAAAGACGGAAUGAUGAAGACCCUAAUGCUGAGAUCACGCUUUCUCACCGGGUGCAUAUCUGCUCCGUGAAUAACUUCCCAACAGCAGCAGGACUGGCGUCCUCUGCAGCUGGAUAUGCAUGCCUGGUGUACUCGCUGUCCCGUUUGUUGGGUGUGGAUGCUGAGCUGUCUGUGGUGGCUCGUCAGGGUUCAGGCAGUGCCUGCAGGAGCAUCUACGGCGGCUUUGUGCAGUGGAAGAUGGGAGAAAGACAGGACGGGACAGACAGCGUGGCCGAGCAGGUAGCACCGGAGACGCACUGGCCGGAGCUUCGGGUUCUCGUCCUGGUGGUCAGUGCAGAGCGGAAGCAUGUCGGAAGCACUUCAGGCAUGCAGACCAGCGUGCAGACCAGCGCACUGUUGAAGCACCGUGCGGACCGCGUGGUCCCGGCUCGGAUGGACGACAUGAUCAGGGCGGUUCAGGGACGAGAUUUUGCGACAUUCGCCGAACUCACCAUGAAAGACAGCAACCAGUUUCACGCCACCUGCCUGGACACCUUCCCACCCAUAUUCUACCUCAACGACAUUUCCUGCAGAGUCAUUAACCUGGUGCAUCGCUACAAUCAGCAUUACACAGAGACCAGAGUGGCGUAUACUUUUGAUGCAGGCCCUAAUGCAGUCAUCUACCUCCUGCAGGACCAUGUGGCAGAAUUUGUUCAGACUGUUCGACAUUUCUUCCCUCCGGAAUCCAACGGUGGAGAGUUUGUAAAGGGAAUUCCUGUGCUCUCCGCCUCGCUGCCUGACGAGCUGAUAAGAGCCGUCGGCAUGGAACCUACGCCCAAGGGCAUCAGCUACAUCAUCAACACAAAGGUUGGUCCUGGUCCAUGUGCAGUAGAUGAUCCAACACUUCACCUGUUAGGUGCUGAUGGACUUCCCAAGAAAACUCCCUGAGUGUUAAACACCUCAAUGCAGAAUAUCAACCUUCCCCAGAGAACAAAAUUCAAUAAAGAUUUAACAGAUUUAAAACAAAAAAAAAUUAUUGUUAUUACUAUUAUUAAAAUUUCUGAAUAAUUUUUACCAUAUUGUCUAUUUACAUGUUUACAUUCAUUUUUGUGCAGAUUUCUAGUUUUGAAAAAAUCGAUUUGAAAAUAAAUGUAUUGAUUGCA